AUGGAGAGCGAAAAGAAGAGGAGAAAAUACUCCACGAGCAGCAAUGACUCCGACACCACCGACAGUCAGGUGACGUCGUGGUCCAGGUCAUCCAAAAAUACGGGCACCAGCAGCACAUGGGUCCGCCACCAGCACAAGAAACCAUCAGAGGUAUUUCGUACCGACUUCAUCACGGCCAUGAAGCUGCCGGACUCGGCUCAGCUCGGCCCGGACGACUUCUACGUGCUCUCUGACCCAUGGAGACAAGAAUGGGAGAAGGGGGUACAGGUCCCUGCCAGCCUUGAGGCCAUACCAGAGCCUGUGGUCAGGUUGCUGCCAGAGUCAGCAGGCGGUUUGUUCAACAACAGGCAGGAGAGGGAGAGCAGCACCCAGUCUCCUCCCACCCAGCGCUACAGCUGCUAUGACCUGGAUGACCUGGACGUUGCCUGGCUGGAGCUGGUGAACCACGAGUUCAGACAGAUGGCGUUACCAGAGCUGGAUGAGCUGACGAUGGAGUGCGUUCUCGUCGAGCUGGAAAGCGUGUGCGAUGAAAAGAUGCGGCAGGCCAUCGAGACGGAGGAAGGCUUGGGCAUCGAGUACGACGAGGACGUGGUGUGCGACGUCUGUCGCUCGCCGGAGGGAGAGGACGGCAACGAGAUGGUCUUCUGCGACAAGUGUAACGUUUGCGUUCAUCAGGCGUGUUAUGGCAUCCUGAAGGUACCCCAGGGAAACUGGCUGUGUCGGACCUGCGCUCUGGGCGUCCAGCCCAAAUGUCUGCUCUGCCCCAAGAGAGGGGGGGCCCUGAAGCCCACCCGCAGUGGAACCAAGUGGGUCCACGUCAGCUGUGCCUUAUGGAUCCCAGAGGUGAGUAUAGGCUGUCCAGAGAAGAUGGAGCCCAUUACCAAGGUGUCCCACAUCCCCGCCAGCCGCUGGGCUCUGUCCUGCAGCCUGUGUCGAGAACACACAGGAACCUGCAUACAGUGCUCCAUGCCCUCCUGUAUUGUGGCCUUCCAUGUGACGUGCGCCUUCGACCACGGCCUGGAGAUGAGGACCAUCCUGGCAGAGAAUGACGAGGUGCGCUUCAAGUCCUUCUGCCUGGAGCACAGCUGCACCGCCAGCAACAGUGGUACAACAACCAUCAACAACACCUGCAGUUUGGCCAUUGUGAACAACAGCAACCACACCACCACCUCCACCACCAACGCAGCACACGGCCCAGCCAGACCUGACUGGGCCACCACCGGUGUCAGCUCUGAGCUCCGGCUCGACCAGCAGCACCAGCCAAACAGCAGCAGUGAACCGGAGCAGAGGUCUGUAUUGUACCCGGUUUCAGUGUCGGCAUCAGAGCGAGCUGAGCGGGACCAGCUGGAGAGAGAGAAGGUGAGCCAGAGGAAACAGAAGUUACAGGAGCUCGAGGACGAGUUUUACAUACUGGUGGAUCCCAGGGAAGUGGCCGAAAACCUGGCGCUGCCUGUCUCCCAGGUGGACUUCUUGUAUCAGUUCUGGAAGUUGAAGAGGAAGGCCAACUUUAAUCGACCUCUGGUGACAUUAAAGAGGGAUGAGGUGGACAACCUGGCCCAGCAGGAGCAGGAUGUCCUUUACAGACGCCUCAAACUCUUCACACACCUCCGACAAGACCUAGAGAGGGUGCGUAACCUGUGCUACAUGGUGACACUAAGGGAGUAAAUGAAACACACUCUGUGUGACCUCCAGGAGAAGAUCUUCGACCUACAGAUACAACUAUUGGAGGAGGACAUUGCUGGAGAGAAAACCCAGAAGGGAGAAAAGAGGAAGCAGAAUGGAGUGAAGGAGAAAGGGAAGGAGAGGAGGAAGAGUAGUCCUGAGAAGAAAAAGGAGAGAUUGAAGUCAGAGAACGGCUCCCUGCUAAAAGAGCUAGGUUUGUCAAAGUCCUUCCCAUUGGACAACUCUCUGUUCGACAGCUGGCUCGCGCAGUCGGUUCAGAUCACCGCUGAUGACAUGCUGAGCCAGUGGGCCCUGGGUGCCCAACAUCGGGACAAGAGCGGCAGCCUGCUCUCCGACCAGCUCCUGCAAGGCGAGGAAAGCUUGCUAAACCUUAUGAUGGAGAACUCCAUGCAGUCUACCUGGAAAACACCCCAGCUGGGCCGCAAACCGCGAGGGAGCAACAAGCCCCGUGCUCGUGGACACCCGCAAUCCACCAGCCCCACCCAGCCCCAGACACUCCUGUCUGCAGCGGCUGCCUCCGCCGCCUGCAGCCCCUCCACUGCAAAGAGCCUUUGGGCGAGUGUCGCGGAGGAAAAGCCCAGCCAUGUGGGCCGCAAAGGGGAAAGGUCCAGGGGCGCCUCCAAAGCCCUGCACCACCACCUUCAUCACCACCAGACCAGGAGCUCUGACCUGCACAGGGACCCUCCGCCGCAGCCACCGAUCUCCAAAAUGGAUUCUUGUCAUAUCUCAGAGGACCCCGGCUGGGACAGCAUCCACACAGGGAAUGGUGUUGCAUCAGGGGCUGGAUCUGGUUUCACUGCAAGCUCAUCUCCACUCCCGGCCUCAAGCCCUGGGGUCACAGUGCCUGACACAGGGGCGAUCCUCCGUGGCGGGGCCCCGCGGCUCCGUCUGUCCCGCCAGGGGAAAUCCAGAGGGAGGGGCUUCAGUGGAGGUGGAAGCAUAACAGGGCUGGAGUCUGUGGACCUACCACUCACAGGAAAGGACACGUCCCUGCUGGACGCUGCCGAGACUGACGGGUACUUCUCUGAUGGCGAGCAGAGUGAUACGGACACACGCUCUGGCGGACGCAAACUCCGCUUGCCACAGUUGCAUUCUGGGAACGAGGACCUGCUGAGAAGGAGCGUGCUGGCGUCCUAAAGCACUGAGACUCCCACUAACACACAAACACACACACACACAGUUAUCCAAGCAGAGUCCCGCUGGCUAAUUGUUUCUCCAUCUGUGCCCAGAAUACAGUCUACAAAACAUGGCUGUUUGGCUUUGUUCAACCAAAUCCCUGUCACAUUUACGUGGAAAAUCUCUUCAGCUCUUACCUGCUUUGUUUUGGGGUGAAUUUGAAUGUAGCUGUUUGUCUGUCGUACAGUAAAGCUUCUACACCGGACCGUAGUUUGUCGUUAGCUUACCACAAGAUGCGAUACGUUCAACAAAUAGGAAACAAACAUUACCUUUAGUCUUUCUCUUGUUUUGUAUUUCAGAUUGAUUUUGUUUCUGGGUGUUGAAGUACCCAUUUCUGGCCUCAUUGUGGUAUCUGCCAGACUUGGGAACAAACACUUUGGGGCAUUAUUGUUAUUAUUCAAGCUGGUUUCAGGGUCUGCUUUGCUCUUGGUCUUUAUGGCCUGAGAUGCAUCCAAUGAGUCCUUGUUUUCUUGAAUAUGUUCAGUGGAAAGACAAUUUCACACCAGAGCUGGUCUGAAUAUGUACAGAUGGUGACAUGGGACAACAUGUAUUCAGCCUUGAAAAGCACAACUAGCUAGUCGAAAGAGCUGUAAUGUAAGCACUCGUGUGUGUAUAAUAGAUGCUCAUCCGGGGUUGGGGUCAAUUUUCAUCAUGUUGACUCAGUUGUAAAAUGUACACUAAAACCGCCAUUCUCCAAUUUAUCUGCAAAAAAAAAAAAAAAGACCAAAAAAAAGAUUUCCAGCUUCUCCAGUUUUUGAAUAGCCAGUUUAUUGACCCCAACCCUGGUGUUCAUUCAGAUUGUCACACAGAGACACAAACACAGACAUACUGACACACAUACUACUAUAAGCAAAUCCCUUUUGCUCACAUCAUAGCCGUUCAAAUUAUUUGAUCUGACUGUUGUCAGCUGCUUUCAAAUUCUUCCUAAUUCUGAGUUCUUUGGGGUUUUUUUAUUUUAUUUUUUUUAGUCUGAAUGCUUGGAGAAAAUUCAUCGUAGAAACUCUGUGCCUUCUGUCGCUUGCCCUGCGCCCCUACACCUCCUUAACCCCCCUUGCCCCUCAACCUUAUCACUCAACCAAACAAUCAGUAAGAAGAUCAAUCAGUCGUUUUCUCAAUCGGAUUUGUAACAAUCAAACCAAAAGGAAAUCCCGUUGGAUUGGUUACUGAGUGUGGCCAGCAUUGGGCUCCUUGUCACCUUAACAAUUUUCUAGUGCCUGAAACAAGGAUGUAAAUGCAGCAUUUGCCAUUAAUCAACAAAGCAUCUGCAACAGAUAGCAAAGCAGAGCCACACCAUACUAUUAGUGCAAAGAGCUGCCUACUGUUAUGUGCCCCCCACCAACUAGAUCGCUGCAGUCCAGAGCCAUCGAUAAACAGAGUUUGGCCAGGUUACACUGUGAUCACAACAAUAGAUACACAUGGAGAGGAAAAACAGAGGAAAUAAAACAUAAUCCUGCUAGCCAACUGCUUUUUAGAUUGGUGGUAAAACAACUUUGUAUUGUCAGUGGACAGGUCAGUGGUAUGACUUACUAAUGCUUCAAUAUUCAAGUUUCUUGUGUAAAAAUUGUCCUAAAUUUUGUGCUAAAUAACAAAUGUGUGCAAACAUACAAGAGCCUCCCUGUCACAGACUGUCCUCAUUGGACAUUUGACAAGAAUGUGACAAAAUAAUUGCUUUCAAAAGCUUUUUGGAACUUUCAACCACAACGCACAUGCGUAUUGGCUGGCUCAGGUGUCAUCGCAUGACCAAAGAUUGGAAAAACGUGUUUUAUGAGCAUGUUAGAAAUUACCAUUACAUAACUUGAAGAUCACUCAGACCUGACAUGUCUCGUUCAUAUAAAACAAUCACUGACUCACUGUGCUUGUUAACAUGAGCAUCCAGUGUGCAGUGUAUUCACAUCUUUGGAUUAUUUCUAGGCAGUGAAGCUGUUAAAAAGCUGUUAUUUCUGGUUACUAUAUGAGGCCACCAGGGUUCACAGUGCACCGUGCAGUUUUCAGGCAACACGCAUAAACAGAAAUGAGUUAGUUAUACUUUAUAUUACCCAUGUGUAUCUAUGCAAUUUAUGAUAUGAGUGUAAGAUGCCCAACACUGUUUUAUUCUGUUAAUCUCUAAGGCAGGUUACACGUUUGACAUGGACAGGCUCUGAUAACUGAUGGCUCUGCUGCACCUGUUCUCCUGUUAGAUGAAUGAUGAAAAUGUAAUAAUCAGCUUCAGAGGCCUGUGCUCUUAAGUUCUCGAAUUGAGUUGUUUGUAAAUUUGUUUUUUAAAAAGACUUUUUGUUGUUCUCUCAGAGAGUUGUAUUUUGUACUUAAAGCAGUCCAUGGUAUUCUCAGGGGUUAAAAAAUCUUUAAAAAAAGAAUAAAAGGCUAAAAAAUGUAUCGAAAAAGCGACGCAAGACAUAGAUACAUAUAUAUAUACAUACAUAUUUUAUAUCGUAUACUAUAUAUAUAUAUAUAUAUAUAUAUAUACACAAAGUGAUGUGUGUAUGUCUAGAAACUUCCUUAUUUGGCAAGCUUCGCUGUUUGAACUCCUACACGACUACUACUGAGCAUGUUCCUUCUCUCAGUAUGACCAUACAACCAUCAGCCCUGGGUUCAAUAGUCUCAACCAAUAAUUAAUUAACGCUUAUCCUCUUGUUUGAGUUACCAGAUGAAUAGGACAGGUCAGGUAAUAUUGGCUUGGUGGUCAACUACAAGGAAAUUCUCUCUUUUCAUUCUCUCAGCUUUCUUGCAGCUAAGACCUCACCCGUCUGAUUCAAAAUUAGGGUGAAAUAAAGUAACGUAGGUGAUUUUAAGGGCUGCUUGACCCAGGCCUGAUGAACAGACACUUAAAUAGAGGUGCAAGUCCAAUCUACUUCCUCUGUUUUUUUUCUGUAUGGACAGCUUCUCACCGGUCUUCUGAAGUGACCAUGCCAAAGAACAGAUCUGUGUAUCAAGGCAGCAUAUUUACAUCUUAUCUACACAAACACAAAUACACAUGCUCCGAAUCUGGUUUUCAAGAUGAAGAAUGUUAGAUAGGGGAGGUCAGAUGACCCUGCCAGCGCUGUCUAGGUCAGCUCAGUUUAAUCCAGAUCUCAACCUGGUUCGACCCAGCUCCAUAGGGUUUAGUCAAAUGUGCUGUGGUGUUAUGUGACCUCCUCCAAUGCAGGGGGCGCUGUUCAUUUUACCACCAUAAACACAACCUGAAAUCUUCUAGAUCUGCAUUCACAGGGGCUUCACAGAGGAAAAGCCUGUUGCCCACAGUAUGGGCUGGUGAUGGUUUGUUAAACAGACUCACACAUAUAAACCCCCUUCAGAAAAAGCCAAAUGCUGAACUGAACACACAACAUACAGCUCUCUCUCUCUCACACAAACACACACAUACACCAGAGCUGGUAUAACAGGGUUAUAAUGUAAAAGAUGACUAGUUUUUUAUGUAUAUGUGGUCCUGACUGCAUCAGGAAGUAUAAGCUUACUCAGAGUGAAAUGCCCCCUAACAACAGGAGAGUAUUAUUACUGGUGACAGCGCAGCAUCUCUGUCUCCUUAAUCCUUUAGGUGUAGCCAUCGUAGAAGAUUCACAUAAUAAGUCCUCCACUCAUCUCAUUUUCGCCAUAGAGAGGCAAAGUCUGGCCAAAACCCUCUUUUAAAAAUCAAGGGUUUGUGUGCAAAGUGUUGUCUGAAGGAGCUGCUGAUUUUGUAAAGCAGCAUAUAUAUAUACAGGACAGGUGGAGGAAUUUGAACUUCUACGUUGGCUACCGUUAUUACAACCCCCAUGGAAACUGACCAUAACAACACAUACGACAAUAACUGCAACAAAAGCUUGUGUUUUGAAGUGAGGAUGUGGUGAAGUAUCAAUACAGCCCACAGGAUCCUCCACCAGGUGGUUGUAACCAUUCAUGUGUUGCUAAGACAUAAAAAUGUAAUCUUGGUUUCAAUAUUCAAUGUUCGGAGUAGCCUGACUUUGUAGACAGUGGUAUUAGACAAGGCCUCACAUUUAUGGCCUUAACAUGUAGUAGCAAAUGCUAAGGCUGCACAGUGCUGGCAGGUGGAAAAAAAAAAGAAAUCACUUUUUCUUUUGGCUGAAUUUCCUCUACAGAAAGUUGUGGAGGUAGUUAGGUGAGUUGCUGUUUCUCAACCCAAGAAUAGCACCGUAGUACCUUGUCAGGCAAAUUGCAGUUUAGAUGUUUUUUUCUUCUUGAUACUGUGCAGCCUUGGUAUACACAAACUGGUUAUUAUUCUAUAUUUACAGUGUGGCUUCAAUGCCCUCUCCUUCCGCUUCGUAGAUACUGUAGACUGGACUCUUUUGCAGGUUCUUUUUUAUCAAUAUCCACUAGAAUACAACUUCAAAGCAUCACUGUCCUCUGUGUGGUACGCUGGUGUGGGUGUUGGCUCACAGCCCAAAACGUGCUCUGAUGAUCUUUGAAUUUUGCAACUCUUGUCAGGUCAGAUAUAUCCGCAUGAUCCAGAUUAGAAAUUUUGUUUCUUCUCUGGGUUUAAUUUGGUAUAUCGGUCAUGGAAUUUAAAUUUUUUUAGCCUCAGAUUAAAUCAUCAGUGUUGAUAUCAGCAGAAGAUCUGGUGGAAGUUCUUCUGUGCAAGCUCGCCAUUUAGACUGCAUGGUUAAGACAUUAUGUAUAAUGGAUUAAUAUACAACCAUACAGUUUUCUAAGUGGUGAGCAUGUGUGAAAGCAAAAUCCUCUUCCCCUGGAGUUGGCGUGAAUGCUACACCACAGAAAUAAGCUGGAGGGCAUUGUGUACGUAAUGGCAGGUCGGAUACACACCUACACACAGCGGUGCAUUCCACCUAGACUUCUGCUGAAAAGCUGGUUUAAGGCCAAUACUGAUUGCUGCAGGCAUUUGGAACCUCUCCUAUAAUUCGCACAGCUGCUGUCUACUGUACCGACACUGUUGUAAAACCCAUUGGAAAGACAUCACUGCACCAGUAGGGCUGGGUUCCUCAGAACCUCAGCUGAGCAAAGAUCAUGUUUAAAGCUAUUUAUUAGCAGGGAGGCAAGUUAGGAAUAUCCAGCAAAAAAAAACACUUGUAAAUUGUGUUGUACAAGCCAAGUUGAUUUGAACAGAAGAAAGUGCUGCACCUACUGGAUGGAAAAGUUUAAUUUCUGAAAUUUUAAGACAAAGAUGAAUUGUUGCCCUGAGGUGGUUUUGAGGAACCAGAAGGACACCGGGAUGCUGUUAAUAGGAUGUCUCUCUUCCUCUGUGGUUGCUCCUUCAUCCAAUAAGAAAGUGGUUUGAGGCUGUCCUAAGGUCAGUAAAACCAGGGUUGGAAAAUGCUCUAGAUACUUAAGUGAUGAUAAAUUUAAUUUGAUGCCUCAGCUUCUCUCGCAGGCCACAUUUUUUUCUCCACAAAAUGAGCAUUUAUUUAAACAAGCCUGGGAACACAAAAUGCCUGCUAGGCUCAAGUGAAAGCAGUUAUUAUCUCUGUAACAAAGAUGAGGGAGAUUACCGACAACAUAGCUUGUUGCAGACGUUUUUUAGAAUGUAUCUAGAACUGAAAUCUCGACCAAAGGAAGUGUCGGUGUUUAAUGAUUUGGUCAUGCUGACUGACCCGAUGACUGCCUAGUGCUUCCUGUUCCUGAUAUCAUUGUCUAAUCCUUGCUUUACUGUCCUACGCCAGCCAUACAAACCCACCCACCUACCUACUGGCGUACCAUUGGAGUUUAUACACAUCUACAAUAAUGUAUAAUACUGUUCAAAUACUACUACUAGAAACAUUUUCAUUUUCCGUGUUUUGAAAAGCCUUUGGAAGCUGUUUUUUUCUUUUAUAACGCUUUAGCUGGCCGCUUUGGCUCGUAUCAAACUAGAAAGCUGACUCAUUAUCUGCUUCCUCUGUUUUUACUGGCGCUUUGCUCUCCUCUCCGUUACAGCAAAGUUAUGGCUUCAAGGUUUCAAUAUCCACAACCCAGACACACUGCACAGAUUGGAGGUUUAGUCAUACAAACUAAGCUGCUGUGGAGGCAGAAACAAGCUCAGUUGUCAAGUUAAGUCUAAAUUGGUGGAGUCAAAGAACCACAGUGAUUUGAAUCCGAGGGCCUUUUCUCAUUCAUUCAUGAUCUUGCGGGGUAUAAUUGGCAGACCAAGAUCAAUACAAGCAACAGCAGUGCAGUCAGUCUGAACUUGGAAGGUCAAUUAGGCGAACUAGAUAAAUAAAAGCUUUGCCAUAUGUGAGAAAAUGCCUGGGCUACAUCUUGUUUUGACAAAUAAAAGCAGAUCACUAGAGCUCAUAGUCAAUCAAGAGAAAACCAUUCUGCAGCUGCUUUGAAAUACUGCAACUCCAGUAUCUCAAAUGUGAGGAUUUGAUGCUGCUCUUUUCAUACACGAUAGUAAAAAAAAAAAAAAAGCUUUGGGCUUUGGACUAUUGAAUGGACAAACAAUACAUUUGAACUUUAAAAAAUAUUUUCUAGACCAAACUAUUAAUUGACAAUGAAAAUAAUCAGUAGUUGCAGCCCUACAGAUUGAGUAGAGUUUGUAUUAUUGUAUUUUGGGGGGAUUUUAUACCUUUACUGGAUAGCAACAGGGGAGCGAUUACAGGAAAUGAAAGAAGUACGAGGUGGGGAAUGACAUUACAUUCAACAAAAGUCUCAGGCUGGACAUGAAACAGGGAUGUUGUGGUUUGUGGUUGGUAACGAUACUUCCUAAACCAAAUUAAGAAAUACAUAAAUCACAUUAAGCCUGCAACCAGACUGCUAAGGUUGUCAAUCUGUCAUUGUUUUUUCAAUUAAUCUCUUGGUCUAUGAAAUGUAAAAAAAAAAAAAAAAAAAGUUUUGAGAUAUAUUAUAUAUACAUUCACUUUAAAAUUCUGUAAAACACUGGGUAAGCAACUGUAAUGAUAAAUUGAUGAUAUAAAUUGUUGGUGAGUUUCUUUACCUCAACUUAUUGAUUGACCAACUGAUUGUCUCACAUGACUCACUGCCAUCCUGAGAAGUUACACCUUUCUCAACUUUUGAAAGCACUCAGCCAACCAAAAAACACCAAGGAGCGCAGAUGUGUAUUUUCAUGUAAAACUUAACCUGAAGAAGCACACGUCCUAAUAGCUCCCCUCAUCUAUUUCUUACUCUUUGCCUUUCCAGUGGGCUUCAGUCCAACAUCCCUUAGCCAGAAACACUCUUUGGCUCCACCCACUGAGGUUCAACACAAACAGUGAGAUUACAUCUGCCUCCAGAGCAGCUCCAAAAAAAGCAAUUUUAAAACUAAAGCUCCCAUCUGCACAAACUGCUCACCUUAUUCUGCGUCCACCAUCCAACAUCUUCCUCUUCCCUGCAUACUUUCCUCCCUCCCACCACCAGCAAAGUCCCCUCUUAUCCUCCAACCUAAAUCCCUAACCCCCCUCCCCCAUCCUGUUCCUCCUCCCCCUCACCUGUCCGGUGAUCAGCCACCUUGGCCGGCACGUGGCUCUAUUCAGAAAUCGCUUUGGAAUCAUAGGACGAUCAAAAAAAAAGAAGAGAAAUAAACAUAAAAGAAGAAAAACGGAUCUCUGUAGCUUUAAGGACAAAUAAUGACAGGCACGUGUUGUGUAAGUACGUGUGAGGAGGGGAAAACGUUGCUAUGCUCUGGCCUGGAGAGAGAGAGAGCGAGGGAGGAGGAGGAGAAAUGAAUAGAAAGAAAGAGAGGAGAGGAGGGAGACGUUUACUGAACCGGAGCCAGAGAAGCAGACAGAGAAAGAGUACAACUUGUUCUUUCCCCUGCGUUCUGUUUGCAGCCUGUCCGCACAGUCAAGUUAACAAGCAGCUAAUAUAAACACCACCAGGCCCUUCCCUUCUCCUUGCCCUCUCGCCUCCUCAUCUCUCUCUCUCUCUCUCUCUCUCUCGCUCUCUCUCUCUUUGUCUCUUUAUACUUUCUUGGCUCUCUCUCUCUCUCUGUGUACAGCUGGGUUUCCAUCCAUGUAUUUCCUUUACAAACUGUAACAAUCGAAUCAGGAAAGCAAAACGGGAACUGGUCAAAUUUGCAUUAAAUGGAGUCUGAGUCCGGAAAACAAGUCAGUUUUGUGGCAGAUUUUCUUAUUGAUAUAUUUUUGGUUAGUUGAUGCUUUUAUUUGUAUUCGUAUUAAAGCAUCAAUUUGGUUACCGAUAAUGAACAAGUCCUGCAAAAGAUAAGACUGCCGAUAUUCUAUAUCUUUCUUGCUGUCAAAAAAUCCCAUAAAAAAACCAAAACCAAAACUGUAUUGAUUUUACUAACAAGUAGGACCAAGUUGUAUCCAAAGCCUGAUAUAUCUUAUUACUCUGUAGCACAUACCUCCAUUAUUGUCCAAAAACAGUCACGCUGUUGCAUUGACAUGUUCCUUCAUUACCAUGGACACAGCCACUAUAGUUAAACUCAUUCCCACCUAUACCGUCCUGCUGCUGUAAAUACCAAAUGUGUAUUAAUCCACAGGUGAAAAUAGUCCCUAAGAAAUGCACUAUUUACUCAAUUUUGAGUCACGUUUGCUAAAAAACUUUUUUUUUUAAAUGAAAUGAUAUAUUUGUGUUUUUUUUAACUAAUAUUGUAUGUAAUUUACUUCAGUGGGAACAAUUGGUCUUGUGGCUAGUGAAUUUUUGUUUUACACAAUGCAUAAAGUGUCUGCAUCAUUCAGUCUGUCUCUACCUGCUGGGUUGCUUAUGCUAGCUAGCGGCUGUCUGCAGAUAUCAAGCUGAUGUCCGGAAACACAAAGCGGACCUUUCAGCUCUAUCUGUACCGAAACUGAUUAUUAAAGUGGCUGUCUGUUUUAUACUUAGUUGAAGCAUUUACUACUGACAGUCCAGCUAGCUGUGUGUGUUUUAUUAUUCUUACUCAACUAUCUGGCAACCUAAAAACACACGUUUGGUUUUGGUCUUUUCAUUUGAUUUGUUAACAGUAAGAAAAAUAUAGCCAGCAACCAGCUUCAUUCUUUAAAUGUCACAAACAUCCAGGUAAACCAUUUUUUGUUUUAGUUUUUUUGGAUUCUCUGUUCAUAAUCACAGUCUGUGGUUAUAUGUAUUUGUACUGAGACAUAAGCAUACAUUUAGUCAGCAUCAGCCAACAAUCCAGCCUUGAAAUUGAAUCCAUUUUUACACAAUUAUUGGCCAUUUAAUUCGAAGCCUGGAUGGAAACAUGGCCUGAGUCCCUUUUAUAGUUCCUCCCUCACAAUCUGACCAAUUUAUUCACCCUCCCUUUACAUCUGGUUUUACCAUUUGGCUCCUGGGAGGUUCAGACUCUGCUCAGACAUAUAUCACUGCGGACAAAUUGAGGUGUAAAUGCAACAGAGACACACUGAAGAUCAAUUUGGCCAAGGCUACCGUCCCUCACUGAUGGUCAAAGCAACAUUUGGUAACAUUAAAUUUAAGUUCAGCUGGGAACUAUACACAAAGUGUAAAUAUAACAAAAGGAUGCUGGUGGGAAUCUGUUUUAUGAAGAAAAGAGUGCUUUCAGCGCAGGCACUGGAGACACUUUACUUCCAGGUGUAAAUGUAAUCUAGAUAAAUCACGUCUAGACACAAUUUGAAUUUAAGAUGUAGGUUACGACCAUUUGUUAAGAGGCCCUCUGUGCUGUAUUUCUGUCUCUGCUCUUUCUCCCACUCAUCAUUUCACCGCUCUGUCUCUGCUUUAUUUCUUUCUCCUGGUUUCUGUUAUUUUAUCCCAUUCUACACUGUUCGUCUUCGCUGCUUUUGUAAUCUGACUUCUUUUUCUCUUUCACACACACAGAACAAAUGUUUAUCUUCUUCUGAGGCAAAUAUGUAUUUGUCUCCACUGUCAGAUCUUUGAUACAUGCAGGAAAGGAAAUGUCUUUUGAUUACAUACAUUGGGGAAAAUGCAGUCCUUUAUUCUGAUAAUACAGCUUGUGUGUGUGUGUGUGGUUGCAGAAGGCAUGGGAAUAUAGUUUGUGUGUGCACAUGGUGAGGAAGAGACUCUGGGUUGAAUCUAGUUUACACUGUCCUGCAGGUCAGCUGUUCUCCAGUGAGGUGACCGAUCUUUUGCUCCAGUCUCCCUUUGUUACCUCCUUUUUUCCCUCCUCAUCCUCCUCUUCUCAUUUGGAGGGAUUAAGCUACAUCCACGUUUUUAAAAACAUUUAUUUAUGUAUUAAAAUAGUGCAAGUCUACCAACCAUUUCCAUGACAUAUAUACGUUAAAAUCUCCGUCCACACUUAAAAUCCUGAUAGGAAAAACAGCUAAAUCCCUUCUUCUUUGUCCCAUUUACUCUGCUAGUCCCCCCUGCUCUCUGUGACCACCUCUUGUGUGUUUUAAUACAGCCAAAUUCUCACCUUAGUUGUUCUCAUUAAACAUAUAAAAAUACACCCUUUUAGUUAGUUAGCUAUUUCUAAUUGAGACUAUGUGUCAUCUGUGAUAAUGGGCUAUAUAAAUAAAAUGUAGUUUCCAUACAUGCUUUUAAGUAACCAGCUUACAGUUGGCUUUCUCCAGAAAACCAAUUACAGAAAUUUUCCCAGUUACAUUUCUCAUGGAGGAAGACAGUUUGAAGGACAUGUAGACGCAUAACCGGUUUUCUAUUCAGAUUUUCACAUACAUGAUUACUGACUGUGUACUGUAUGUAUAUACACUGCAUAUAACAUUUGAUUUCCUGCCUCUUAUUUCUUUGAGUAACAUUUCUUGAGAUUCUUGAGUGCAUGUAAACUCAUUGACUUGACUCAUCAACCCUAUUUAUAUCAGUGAGUGGACUAAAUAUUAGAAUCACAUCUCAGUAUAACACAAUACUGUUAAACAGAAAAUAAUAUACAACCUUCAUAAUGAACAUAAAAUUGAAUUAAUGCCCCUUGAAAAGUUUAAAUAAAAUCUAAAAAUUAUAAUCUUUAUGAAGGUAGAAUUUAUUUCAGGACUUUUGUAUUAGACCAUUAGUUUUAGUCACUGUAGUAGUGUAUUUUCUGUUUCAGUUCAGAAAAUAGCGAUCACAGGUCAUAAAGUAACGUCAGUGUUAUGCAGUAACUUGUGCGCUGCUAUGCAGAUGAUCACAACGUUAUCUGACAAAAUCUGCACGAAUACAGCUUGAUGACAUUAGGUUUAUAGUAUAUAUUCACAUGAUGAGUGAUCACAGAGAGGGUUAGAGGCAACAUAAAAAGUUCUUAACUUUACUGCCACACAGUCCCUGACCGGGCUUAUGUCUUUGUUUUCCAAAAGCUCAGUUUUACCUUAUCUACAGUGUAACGCAAAGGCUUGCGUUUAUCCACUCUGGUGAUUGCUUUCAAAAAAAGUUUCAUUUUCAAUUUAGAAAAAUCUAGUGUGGACGAAGAGCCAACACGGAUUCCUAUGGAUGUUAACAUUUCUCUCUCUCUCCUCCCUAUUCAUAGUCAGCCUCUCUUUGGCUUACUUGCUCUCUUUAACUUUGUGUUGCUUUCUGUCUCCCACUCAGCUCAUGUCUCUCACACACUCCUUCUCCUCCCUUCUUUCUUUGUAUCUCUCCACAGUGGCAGGCAGUUUCUGACUCAUUAAUAAGAAAAAAAAUCUCGCUCCUCUCUCGACCUGCGAUUCACAAAGUUUUCUCCCUCAGGUUCAAAAUACAUUAUGAAACAAGAAUUCAGUGAAGGUUUGGUUUGCAAAAUUUCAGCAACUUUUUGUUAGAAA